CGCGCGCCCGCGCGCCCGCGGAAGGGGGUGGGGGGCUCGCGCGCGCCUGGGAAAAUGUUGCGCAGAUUCUAAAAUGGAACGUUGUCGGCGGCGUGAUUGAGCGCGAGGGGGUGUGUGAGCGUGAGUAAGACAGGGACCAGCAGCAGUAGGAGCCACCACCGCACCCGCCGCCUUCUUGCAGCCGGUCCCCCCCGCAGCGGUACGGGGAGCAGCCGCCUCCUCCUUCCCCCUGCAUGGAGCUCUCUGCUAUCGGGGAGCAGGUGUUUGCGGUGGAGAGUAUCAGGAAGAAGCGCAUAAGGAAGGGUAAUGUAGAAUACCUGGUGAAGUGGAAAGGAUGGCCCCCAAAAUACAGCACAUGGGAGCCGGAGGAUCACAUCCUGGAUCCUCGCCUGGUAGUGGCUUAUGAAGAGAAGGAAGAGAGAGACCGUGCAUCAGGAUACAGGAAGAGAGGCCCUAAACCAAAACGCCUCUUAUUACAGCAAAACUUAAACCAUGCUCAGGCCCAGAUGGAGAUGGCCUGUAGAGGGUCGUUGUGGCAGUGGAGGAAUCAGAUUAGGGCAAGUGGGUUCCACUGUGCAGAAGGGAUGGAGAGGCUUUAUGGUAUGGACCUGAGGAGUGCCCACAAGGGAAAGGAGAAGCUCUGUUUCUCUCUAUCACGGCGAUUUGGAGGAGGAGGAGGAAGCAAUCUGGCAGGGGCCAAGCCAGGACAGACAGAGCUAUCGGAGAAGAGUGGGGGAGGCGUCUUACCAUUCCCGCUCCGGAAGCAGCGCAAGAACCAGAAAUAUCUCCGGCUGUCGCGGAAAAAGUUUCCACGCAUGUCAAGCCUGGAGAGCCGUAACCACAGGCGUGAGUUCUUCUUGAAGGAGUCAGUGGCACUAGAGACUAGGCAAACUCCCAAUGACUGGGAUGCGACGCAGCAUGCUAGCAAAGAAGGUGUGGAUGCAGUUGAUGGCAGCCUCCCCUGGAUCCCCACCUUGUCCCCCAGCGAAGUGACAGUGACAGACAUCACGGCGAACUCCAUUACCGUGACCUUCAGAGAAGCACAAGUGGCCGAGGGCUUCUUCCGAGACCGAAGUGUGCAGUUCUGAAUCUCCAUUUUUAAUGUUCCUAGUCAGAUUCUUUUGGGGGUGGGGUGAUUAUUUCAUUCUUCAAAAAAAAAUCCAAAAUGUUUCUUUUAAAAUGUUUACAGAGGAUUUUUUUUUUUUUUUAACUGAAGUCUCAUUGAUUUUUCUUUUCCCCUUCAGAUACGCAAAAACAAAAGGCAAUGUACGGGCAAUGUGUUUUUUGUUUGUUAUACUUGUCUGUUAUUGCUUUGUCUGUUUGAGAAACUGAUACCCCUUUCCUUGGCAAAGACUCCCCUGGUAGGGCAUCUUGAGAACUUUUUUUCUCCAUGUAGUCCCUUUGCUCUAUUAGUUUUGGCAGCUGCAUUUAGGGUGAAAGAGAACACGGAGAUGUAGAAGGGGUUGGACCUAUUGGUUGCUUCCCUGAUUUGCAGUUGUUGUCCCUUGGGUAAAGAUGCUUCCUCUGGACAUCACCCUCCCCAUCUUCCUCCUCCCGCCCAGCUACUACAGUGAGAUGUAAUGGACCCAAUCACUUUAGGUAGCUGAAGUCUCUUACAAGCUUCCUCCCUUCCUAAUGUUUUAUCUGUGGCGGUAUUGCAGGUAAUCUGUUUGCCUGGGAAGGUAGGAAACUCCAUUGCAAAUAAUGAACGGGGCCGAUGGUUACAGUGUGAUUCCAUGAAGAAUGAAGGGAAUAUCUUCCCUCUCUGCGUGAUCCAUUGAUCCUGUAAUACAGGGGUUCUCAAACUGGGGGGCAGGACCCCUCAGGGGGUUGUGAGGUUAUUACAUGGGGGGGUUGUGAGCUGUCAGCCUCCAUCCCAAACCCCUCUUUGCUUUCAGCAUUUAUAAUGGUGUUAAAUAGAUAAAAAAGUGUUUUUAAUGGAUAUGUGGGGGGGGUCGCACUCAGAGGCUUGCUAUGUGAAAGGGGUCACCAGUACAAAAGUUCGAGAACCACUGCUGUAACGCAUAUCUUUGUUACCUCCUAGCUGUGGUAUAUUAGCUACACAUACUCACUUUGGAUUUCCAAGCCUUUAAUAAAGGCCCUUUAGGAGGAUAACUGUAUAUAUUAACACAGUGGUACUCAUUUUUCUCUAUCCAGAGACCUUCCCAGAACCCUUCUCUGAUCGAGAAAUAUGGAAAGGGAAAGGUGUUUGUGUGUCUCACUCGCGCUCUCUCUCUCUUCCCCCCCCCCCCAGGCUGAGAACCCCUGUACUAAAAGAUUUACCAAACCCAGACUAGUUAUAAAUAUUGUCCUGAAAAUGCAUUAAUAAGUCAGUGGAAAGGGUGGCUCUCUUCUUGGGAAGAAGGGCUCACGGAGAAAUUGAAACAUUGCCUGGAAGUGCUGGAAAUCCACAGAUAAUGGCAGAGGCCUAGUGCAUGAGAACUAGACAGUGAAACUGGACUUUAGCUGGUCAGUUUCCACUUUUAGGUAGUUUUUUGCUCUCUGAUCAAAUUUAAAGGCCAAAAGCGAAUAGCAUAAGAGCUGGGAGGAGUCUACUAGACUUCUAGCAUUUUUUAACUUUUAAUUUAUCCUCUAAAGUGAUAAGGACUCUUGGAUUGAGUGUCCUAUUUAUAUUCCCCCCCCCCCCCGGUAACUUACAAUAUCUGUGACCUCAUGCUUAUUUGUUCCCUUUACCAGGGGAGUUUCCCUUUUGAGGGUUUAAAAAGCUUCGCCAAGGAAAGUCACCUGCAGUUCUAUAGAGCCUGCCUGGUUUUGCACUUAAAAACGCCUGGAGAUUUGUGCUGGAUUCUACCUGUGACAUUUUGGGGUUUCUAAGAAUUGCUGUAUCUUCAAAGUUGAUAGUUUAGGAUCUGUUCUUGCACGCUCACUCUCUCUUCCUUCUUUAUUUUAAACUUAAAAAUCUCUCUCUCCCUAUGGAAAGCAAGAAGGGUAAGCUAGGGCCUCGGGGGGAAUUGUGGGGCAGUGUGAUACAGUGCAGACUUGACUCUUCCUUCAUUUACUCCCCUCCUUUAAUUCCCUCCCAAAAAAAUGACUUCAUCUGCUGGUUUUGUGCUAUCUGAAGCUACUUUCCUACAGAGCUGAAGCUAAGUGUUAGUGUAAAUCCUAAAUGCUGUUUCUCUGCAGCUCUUCCCCUGGAGGGUUUAGUCCCCCUGCGGAACUUAGGAGUUCUGCAACACUGAUGCUUCGAGUCCUGCAAACACUUGCUUUUUACAAAGGACUGCCCCUAAGCUUUCUUUAAAAGCACAUUUUACCUCUAAUAGGCCCUAGCUGCUCAUAGGAUACUAAGAUUGGUACUACAUGGUACUUGCAGGACAGAUUGAUACACCCUAUAUUUCAGGUGUCUCAGUGCAAAUAUUUUUGUCCCUCAAAAUAAACACAAGGUGGGGGGAUGCAGGAGACUGUCCCAGCUUCAAGUUUUUAUUAGUGAUGAAUUCUGAGAGGGGGGUCAGGGAGGAACCUGAGUUGAUUUUUUUUUUUUUAAAUGGUGGGAGAAGGUGUCAGAGGAGAAGAGGGAGUGCUGAAUCUUAAAAAAAAAAAAUAGAAACAGUGCAACCUGUGGGAUAAACAUAGACUCAGGACAAAGUUUGUCAAACGUGGUUGCUUAGCGUUAGGCUUCUAAAUGCAUAUAUAAUCACCUACAUAGAAGUGUCCUCUUUCUCCAUCCCUCCCCUCAAAAAAAGGGUGCUGAGCACCUGCAUCUCCUACUGAUUUCCCUGAGAGUUGCAGGUCCACAGCAUGUCUGAAAAUCAGGGUGACUUUUGAUCCAGGUGACUAUAGAUGUAGAAGAUUAAUCCUAGGCACCUGAGUUUGAAGAACUUAUUCCCCAACUCCUCGUUCCAAACCUUUGUAGGAUCUGGAAGAGUGGUUUUAACUUUUAUUUUUUUUAUAUGUGGGUAUGGCUUUCUAUGCACUUUUCCCAAUUUAGUCCAGAAAUACUGCAAGAAAAACUCUUUUGUUUGUGGAUGUUUCCAGCCCUGGCCAAAAUCUGGGAAGCAACAGAAAUCCUGCAAAGGGCAAGAAAAAGGCUUCUUCUCUCACCAGACUUCCGUUCUGCUUUUCUCUCUCCUUGGUGUCACCUUCUAUGCACCCAUUGAGAUUUUCCAGACCAAAGAAUUCUGUCUUGACAUUCAUUUUCUUUGAAGAACACUGUUUUUGCAAACUUGACUGUAAGUGGAAGCUCUGGAGCCCUUGCAAACAGGAUUCACCCACUGCUUCAUUUUUAACCCUUUUGUAGAUGUUUACUUGUAUUGCUUCUGAUGACUAAUAUCCUUUCCUGACCUAAAAUGAUUAAGGAGAUAUAUUGGUAGCCGUACUACCUUAUGCCCAAGCCACUGGGGGAGGGGGGGUUAAUCCAUUUCCGGUUGAGAUGCAGAACCUUGCUGAUGUGUGGGUUGGCUUUUUUGGUGGUGUGGCGAGAACAAGGGGGGAGAGGAUGUUUUGUGGUAGGAAAUGAAACAUGUAUCUAUCGGGUUGCUUUUUUUUUUUUUUUUUUUUCUGGACACCUCCUUAGCAAGGUUUGCAUAUUGUAACAAUCAAUCUUGCUCUCUUAACAGAGUGGUUUUUUUGUUUUUAGUCUCUGUAAAGUGUGGUUCUCUUCUGAAAAGUGACUGGAGAAAUGGUGGUGUGGGCUCCAGAGUGGUGGAAUGUCAAUGAUUUUCAAAUCAAAUGUGCUCAGUUUACAAGCGCAGAGUCUUAACAGCAAACUCAGCCUGGAAUCUGAAAGUCAUACGGGGGCCUUGUUGGCUGCUAUCAUGAAAAUCAAAGGUUCUGUAACUGGAGCUUCACUAGCUAUUAUGCUUGAUGCAAGAGCCAAAAUAGAGUCCAGUUGGAGCUUACUUUAAUGGUUCUGUUUGAAAUAUGAGCCGGAAUAGAAUCCAACUGACUCCCCUAUAGCUUUGUUGACUGCAAGGCUGAAGCAAUGCAGACUGACUUCAGCCAGCAGAAUCGCACAAAAAGCAGGUCCCUUGAGUAAGAAGGGACUGUUCUUAUAGAGUCAGUCUUCAGAACAGAACUGCACUGUAAGAACUUGCCAGCAGUUCUUAGGGCAGGCGAUGCUUGUUUCAUCUGUUCAUAGUGGUAUUUUAUGUAUUGUUUGUAUCAUGACCACACGUAGGGGCCCCAGUCACAUCGGGACUCCAUUGUGCUAGGCACUGUACAAACAUUUGUUGAAGACCGUUUUUUUCCCCCCAAUACCUUUCAUCCCCACACCCCAGUAUUUUUAUUGAUUCCUCAGAGCACCAACCACAAAUGAUUAGUGGUAUCUUAAGGUACGUCUACACUGCAAAAAAACAACUCCCCAGAACCAAGUCUCAGAUCCCAGGUCAACUGACUUGGGCUCCCGCUAUAGGGCUGAAUGUACCAGUGUAGAUGUUCCCAUGCCCAGCCAAGCAGGAACAUCUAGACAGCUGUUUUUAGCCCCUCAGCAUGAGCCCAAGUCAGUUGACCUGGGCUCUGAGACUUGCUGCCCCGGGUCUUUUAUUACAGUGUAGUCCUACCCUUAGUAGCCCUGUGUCUCCAGCACACCCCUUAUUCUCCUGUAAUGACUUGGGCCCUUGGAUGUGUCAAGUCUGAUUCUUGUUUUCAACGGCAUACAGGAUAUUGUGGGAACACCCAAAUGCAGUUCCUUUUGCCAAAAUAAACCCAAGUCUGCCAGUGAAGUGACCCUGACUAAGUCAGAGCCUGAGAUAGAAACGAACAUGUGAUUAACAUAUCAGAACAGGGUGUUUGUUGUUUUGUUGUUAGUGUUGUGAAACUGUCCUGAAAGAUUCUUCUGGUGUGUUUGAUUGAAUGUGUGAACUUGGUUUUGACCUCCUGGGGCCCAGGGCCCCAGUACUGCUUCCUGCUCUACCCAGCCCCACGCUUAGUACUGUGUUUGACGGUUUAACUGGAAUAGAGAGUGUGGCCUUAUGCAGGUUGAAAAACAGGCAGGCUGUUAAUAGGAGAUACUUAGUGAAACCACCACAACAAAGAUUGGGGUGAGGAAAUACAGUGCUGAUGACUGUGGGCAACAGCCCAGGGUUGAUGGUUAAAGCAGGGCCCCUUUGCUGAACAUUAAUUUCAUGCUUUUGAAGUAGGAAAGAAGCAAACCUUCUUUCUAAAAAUUGUGAUAUUUUUCCUUCUCUUCUGUUCCUAUUCAAUGUACUCUUCCUGCAGCCUAGGAAGGAGGGCAGUGUAGCUUCCUGGGACAGUGUGGGGGCUGCUCAAUGAAUGGGGUCCCUAACUUGUAGGAUCUGGCAUUCCUUGGACUCCAGAGUUGUGCGGGAUCUGUGUACCGUAUCCCCACUGUCAAAAAUGCCCUUGCAAGACUGUUCAGGACAGACUGUUGGGUAGAGUGCCUGUUACUUCAGGAAAAGAGUGCAUUGAGAUGCAGGGAGCAUUCAUUAACUCCCAAGGCCCUCCCAGGGUCUGCAUCAUGCUGAUACUUCCCGUUAAUAAAAUCAGAAUCCAAAACCUUUCUUGUUGUUGGAGACUUCUGCUCCCAUCCUUUGUAAGUUCCAAUUCUGACAGUAGUUAAUGGCUUCGUUCAGCUGGCCAAUUCCUUCUGUGCACUCCACAGCAGCCUGUCACAGCUAUUGGUUUUGCCCCGGAUUUGUUCACUUUUUUUCAUCUGAGUGAAAAGAUGAGACUGUUAGAUGGGGAUGUGUAUGGGGCAGGGGUGUGCAUGGAGUAACUAGGAAAUGGAGUAUGUCUGUUCAGUGUAGCCCAGUGUAUUCAGAUGCACAAUUUUCCUAUCUCUUCACUUCCUUCUCCCCCUUAGGACAUCACUGCCCUGCAUCAGCAUUUUAGAAGGAUUAACUGGCACUCCUCUGUGUGCUCUGAAUGGGUACUGAGUAAGUGAGCAUGUGUGGAGAGAGUCCUUUGCUUCUGUGUUAAGUAGCUGGGUCUUUCAGGGGGAGGGAAAGCUUAGACUUAUCUUUGUGGGGGAGGGAGCCAAGCAGGAGAAUGACAGUUCAGAUCAGAGCAGUUAUUAGAAAGGCAAAUGUACCAUUGGCAAAUGCAGGUGAUAGGGACAGAUUGUUGCACUGUACAUGUUCUCAAGCCAAUAUCUGCCAGAGCACAGUGGUCUAAAAUCAGUUCUCUCUCAUGUCAGAGGGUCCAUAUUGUCCUCUGCCCUGCCGAGCUCAAAUGCCCAUAAGCCAGGGCUGUAGCCUUCACACAAAAGGAGAAUGGCUGUCCCAAAUUAUUUAACCACUCAGCUGAAACCUAAGCUAUUAGGUAGGUGGAGGUGGUUGUGGGACUUGCCCAAGAGACGAGCAUUUUUAAAGCAGGGGGUAGGCUGCCAACCUCAUCAGAACAGUCACUGGUGGGGAAGGGCAGAUAUAGCAUUCGUUCAGAAUCUCAUAUCUUCCUCUAACAUCUAUUUCAGACUCUUCCUUAAGAUAAGGAAUGUUUCCUGGGGAUUUGGCCACUUCACAGAUUUCUGAAUGGGAAAUGGCUUCUGGAUGAUCAGAAGUAGCACAGAGUGACUAAGCCCAAUAAUGGAAGCUGGUAGUGGCUGGUAUUUGAAUGGGAGACUGAAUUACUGUACUUGCCAAAUGGGAUGGAUAGAAAGCUCAGGCUUAGAGAGGAUUUGCUGCUUUCAUUAAUUGUGGGCUACUUGUUACCCUGCCUGUCUUUUUAGAGAAGAGGCAUGCUCCCCUCCCACAACUGUGUGGGUGCUGGAAGUGCCAGACUGACACAUUUGGGUGGGUGGGGGGGCACUGAGUGAUGGUCAGAAACCUGACCUUUUAAAAUCUAUCUGUUCUUUCUCAUUUUAGUGCCAGAGGGUUGACUGGGAUUAAGGUUUUGGAGGGGGUUGGACGGGUGUUAACCAGAAAUGUAGAGGUAGCACCAAAAACUCUCUGAAAUCUAAAAAUGUUAGUCUGCUUUUUGGCUUUUCUUAAGUAAGUAAGGCCUAAGUAUGUUUGAAGCACUUUGAAGAUGCAAAGCACUAGGAGCGCUGAGUACUCUUAUUGCCUCUUUUUUAAAAGAGAGGCAUUUGAAAAGGGAAAGAUGUAUCCAUUUCAGACCACUGAUGAGAUAAGCCAUUAUUGGGCUUAUCUCCUUUCCACAGCUGCCAGCCAGCCCUUGGCAUCCCUUCUAUGGUUGUAGGGUUGGUUUGCCAUUCCAGGCAUCCCAAGUGAAGAAGGGUACAAUGAAGGAGGGGAGGAGACUUUAAAACUCCACAUCCACCUUCAGAACACGUUUUUCCCCCACCACUUGCUGUAUAUAGGGGAAUUAUUUGGUACUGUUCCCAUGUUCAGUAGUCCCAGUGUUUAGAGAUGGCUGAGAUGUGAUCCAAUAGGUUUCUUCAAUCUCUAGUUUUGGAGACAUCUUUUUAGUUCCCUUUUCUGGACAAGUUGCACUUUAGUGGCUUAUUGGGGAUGGGAGGCAUGUGUACCUCUUUGGGGUAGGGAUAACCCAACAGCUGUUUUCAGUGGCUGGACUCUUCCAGUGGGUUGUUGUCUCACCUCACGUCCAACAGAACAGGUGCAAAGGAACUUGCUUUUAAAAAAAAAAAUCACAAAGUUUAGGCUUAAAAAAAAUCUAAAUUGAACAUUUUAGCUGGCUAUGUAGGGCAUUUUACUUAGUAGCAGGCACCUGUGUUUGGAGAAACCCCAAUCCUCCCAGCUUUUCAGCACCGACCUUCUUUCCCAUGCUCCUGCACUGCUUGAUCUAGGUUCUUCUAAGACUGUUGUGUGACUUUACUGCCUAUUUUAUAUGCUUGUUUUCCACCAAGGAUGGUGUUGGGGAAGGUUACUUUAUUUUUUAUUCUUGGCAUGAUAGAGCAUUUGAGUCUUUGCACAAGAAAGCUUCCUUUGCACAGAAUGAGCUUCUAGCUUUUGUACAGACUAACUGAAUGUAUUUGGGCAGAGGGGGCUGAGGGAACGAAUCAAUUCCAAACAAACAAAAGACCCCUAAGUAUAAUGCCUUUUCUGAGUGAGUGCUUGUUGUAAAUGGAGAUUGUAAUACAAAUGGGAGGACAGGUCUAGUUACAAUUUGAUGCAAAGUGUGGUUUUAUUUUUGUACUGAUAUGGAUAAGAGACUGUACAGCAUCUAUUUAUUUAGAUGAUUUAUGUGGUAAAUGUUGCAAAGUUAUUAAAAAUAUUAAAUAUGAGAACUGACAUUUAA